AUGGAUUAUCCCUCUGCACCUCCUGUGUAUCAUUCCCUUUUUCCUGAUAAAGCUGAAGACAAACUUAAUUCGAAUAGAGCUGUUGAAUCUACACAAAUAGAUUCAGAUGAUUUAAAUAAAUCUAAUUCCAUUAAAAAGGGCUUAAAUACGGAAAGCAAGCUGGACCCUACAUAUACCGUUGAAGAUGCUGUGGAGUCAGCCGGUUUUGGGAGGUUUCAGUUGAAACUCUUCAUACUAUGUGGAGCCAUAUCGGCUGCAGAUGCCAUGGAGAUGCUACUGCUUUCAGUACUUGGUCCAGCAUUACGAUGUUACUGGCUUCUGUCAUCUGGACAAGUCGCUGCAUUAACGACAGUUGUUUUUGCUGGAUUCUUAUUUGGAGCUCCCUUAUGGGGUUUUAUUGCAGAUAGAUUUGGUCGUUGGCCGACUUUAUUGAUUGUUCUAUCAAUGAUAACUUACUUCGGUAUCAUCACAAGUUGUGCUCCUACUUAUAUUUGGGUUAUAAUAUUACGGCUUCUGGUUGGUUUUGCUAUUGGUGGUGGGAAUAGCAGCUUCACAUUAUUCUCCGAGUUUCUGACCGUUAAGCACCGAGCCAAAGCUCUGUUAGCUUUCAACAUAUUCUGGGCUUUUGGAAGCACAUUCGAAGUUGGUUUGGCAUACCUUAUUCUGCCAAAAUUAGGCUGGAGGUGGCUGGUGUUUGUUUCAGCAUUACCAUUAUUGAUUUUCUUAUUUUUAUUACGGUUUCUACCUGAGUCUCCAAGAUUUCUUGUUGGCGCCGGCAAAACUGCGCAAGCUGAACGUAUUAUUGCAGAUUUGUUUCGUACAAAUCGGAUCGCUCCUCUAAAUGGUACUCUUGUAUCAUCUACUGUACCUAUACGAGAUAGAGGUAGUAUUAAAGGAAUGUUUGGAAAAACAUAUCUGGUGACUACACUGAUGUUGCCAAUUGUAUGGUUCAGUGCAGCGUUCGUUUAUUAUGGUGUCGUUCUGUUAAGUGCUGAAAUAUUCCGCUUCAAGCACUCUUGUUUCGGUAAACCUAUUCUAACCCUAAACUAUCGUGGUAACCAGAGCCGUCCUAACGUCCCACCGCUUCUGGGAGUCUCACGUUUAGUGGACAACUCUUGUUGUAAAGAGUUGUCGGAUGAUGAUUAUGUGGCUAUGUUAGUCUCUUCAGUUGGUGAAUUUGUUAGUAUACCAUUAAUGAUCCUCAUGGUUGACUUAGCUGGAAGAAAGAUUACCUUAGCUGCUUGGAAUGGACUCAUAGCUGUUCUGUUUAUGUUGCUUUAUCUGUGUAUGCCUAAACUAGCCAUAACAGCUCUAUUGUUUGUUUUGCGUGCUUUGUCCGCCGGUUUAUUUAGUCUUGCAUAUGUUUACACAACCGAGGUUUAUCCUACAGCUGUCCGUGCAGUGGCCGUCGGGAUAUUCAGUUCAAUUGCCCGGUUAGGUGCAAUGAUCACACCUUAUGUAGCUCAAGUAAUGUUGCCAGAAGUAUCGGAGAUUGGAGCCUUAUCUUUAUAUGCUUCUAUAACCCUAUUGGUCUCAAUCGUAUCCUUCUUUCUACCAAUAGAAACAAAAGGGCGUCAGCUACCUAGUUCUGUGGACGCAUUGUCUACUUCUUCCGUUUCAACCGGAAAUCCACUGCCUAGUACUCCAGUAACCAGAAAUGCAUCAUCUAGAACCGCAGAAUAA